AUGUCAGUUGUUAAAAGACAGAAGAUAGAGGAUUCAAAUCAGAUAAGAAAAUAUGCCAAAGAUGAAGAAAUAGGUGAUAUACUAUACAAUAAAUCAGUUGUACUUGAGGGUCAUCAAGGUCCAGUUUCAUCUUCAAUUUUCAAUCAUGAUGGUUCAAGAAUAGCAUCUAGUGGAAUGGAUAGAAAAAUUCAAUUAUGGAAUUUACCUACUGUUGAAAAUGAGUGUAAUAUUUUUACAUUUGAAAGUAUACAUAAUAAUGCAAUUACAUCAUUAGCUUGGCUUGAUAAUUUAUUAAUUAGUUCAUCUGCCGAUUCAACAUUAAGUAUUCUUGAUCUAUAUUCACAAAGAAAAAUUAAAAAACUACAUAGUGGACAUAAAGGAGUAAUUAAUCAAAUUUAUAACAAUGAAGAUACUAAACAAAUUUUAAGCUGUGGAGAUGAUGGGAAAAUUUACUUUUGGGAUUAUAGAGAAAGUAAAACUCCUACAAAUUCAAUCACAACCGACUAUCCUAUUUUAACAUUGACUGGAAAUGAUAGUAGUUUAUAUUUUUCAGGUAUUGAUUGUUUAGUACAUGCUUAUGAUGUACGAAAAGUGGAUACAGAAUUAUGGAAUUGUUUUAGUAAUUGUCACGAUGGAAUUACAAGUCUUUCAAUAUCUCCAGAUAAAUCAAAUUUAAUAAGUAGGUCCCUAAAUGGAAUAAUUAGAAUUUAUAACAUAAAUGAAAGUCUACCAAAAGGAUUUUCAAGAUUGAGUAAUACAAUAUUUGAUGGUGCUCCAUCAGGUAAAGAAAAUUGGUUAAUACGGACAUGUUUUAGUAAUAAUAAUUUAUCAAUAUUUUCUGGAUCAGAAGAUUAUUCAGUUACACAAUGGGAUAUAACAGGUGAAGUUGUAAACAAAUUUGAAGGUCAUGAAGGAACAGUGAUUGAUGUAAAUUAUCAUCCAACUGAAAAUAUAAUGAUGUCUAGUUCUACGGAUGGAACAAUCAUCUUGAGAGAAUUGUAA